AUGGAAACUCUUUCAUAUGGUUCUGCACCAUGUUGUCAAGUUGUGAACACAAAGACAAAAUCAGUGAAAAAUAGCUUGAAUUCAUCAUCUCAAUCAAAGGUUUCUUAUGAUAGAAAACAUGGAGUUUGUUUUACCAAUAAUGUUUUCAAAAUUGGGUCAGUGAGGUUUUUGGAAAAGGGUCAUCAACAAAGAGGGUUUAGGUCACAAAGUGGGUUUGGAGGCUCUAGAAGAUUGAAAUUCAAGGUUAAUAGUGGAAGGUAUGGUGAUUAUGUGAUUAAUGAAGAAGAAGCAAGAGAUAUUGUAGGGAUAGAUGAACCUGCUUCCAAGGUUUUGAUUCCUGGUUUGCCUGAUGAGUUAAACGGUGAAUCCGGUGCGAUAGUAAGUAGUUGUUUUAAGGGAUGGAAACCUAAAUUGAAUGUACACUAUGAAAAAGCUGGGUGUGAAAAUGUGGACUCUCCGAAUGUUCUCUUUUUGCCAGGUUUUGGGGUUGGUUCUUUUCAUUAUGAGAAGCAGUUGAUGGAUUUAGGUCGUGAUUUUCGAGUCUGGGCGCUGGAUUUUCUAGGACAAGGAAUGUCUUUGCCUUUUGAAGAUCCUACUCUUUCUAAAGAAGAUGGGAUUACUUCAAGUGGAAAUGUUUCUUCUUGGGGUUUUGGAGAUGAAACCGAACCUUGGGCGACUGAGCUUGUGUAUUCGGUUGAUUUAUGGCAAGAUCAAGUUCGGUACUUCAUUGAAGAGGUCAUCGGUGAACCGGUCUAUCUUGUAGGAAACUCACUUGGAGGAUAUGUUGCUUUAUAUUUUGCCGCAUGCUAUCCUCAUUUAGUGAAAGGCGUGACAUUGCUUAAUGCAACACCUUUUUGGGGGUUUCUACCAAAUCCAAUAAAAUCGCCCGGACUUGCCAAAAUAUUUCCAUGGGCUGGAACGUUCCCUCUACCUUCAAAUAUAAAGAAACUUACCGAGUUACUGUGGGAGAAAAUUAGUGAUCCGAAAAGUAUUGCGGACGUACUUAAUCAGGUUUAUGCAGAUCAUUCAAUAAACGUGGAUAACGUUUUUUCACGCAUAAUCGAAACCACUAGGCAUCCGGCUGCUGCAGCAUCAUUUGCUUCAAUUAUGUUUGCUCCUCAAGGCGAAUUAUCCUUCAGCGAAACGUUAUCCAGAUGUCGAGAAAACAAGGUGCCGAUUUGUCUUAUGUACGGAAAAGAAGAUCCCUGGGUGACGCCGCUGUGGGGACUUCAGGUUAAAAGGAAGGUUCCUGAAGCUCCGUAUUAUCAAAUCAGCCCCGCUGGUCAUUGCCCUCAUGAUGAAGUCCCUGAGGUCAUAAAUUUCUUACUUCGCGGAUGGAUUAAAAACCUAGAAUCUGAGGGCUCUGCCUCAUUACCUCUGCUUGAAGACAUAGAAACUAUGAAUCACAGUAUUGAAAGGGAGUUAGAAUUUCCCAGGAAAGGAUCGAAAAAAUCAGUAAAGGUCAGAUAUUUUGUUUCUAGUAUCUCACUUUGGGAGAGGAUAAGAUCUUACAUCAAAUACUACUCAAAGUUCAGGAAGUUGGUAUCUGAAUCCCAAUGA